AUGAAGAUGGCCCAGCCAGAGGUCACGGUCUCUUCAGCCCCCGCUGAGGGUGAGAGGCUGGUCCCACCUCACACAGAUGGAGCAGACAAAACUCUACUAGGGGUCCUUGGCACCCCAGAACCACUUCUUUGCCUGCAGAGGACACAGGGGGUGUGGCAGGUCCCAGAGUUGGAUGCUCAGCAUGCUAAAGCACUUGUGGAGCUGUGGCCACUAGGGAGUUUCCUGGUUCUAGGACAUGACCCUAACCAGAUCUUGGUAUUGAAGACAGGACCUUCACUGGGAGAAGUCAACAUGUACCUUAUCCAGAAGUUUCCUGGAGGUGUAUCUCUGGAAUUCUCCAACCUCUGCAUGCCAGACUUGCCCCACCUCUUGGCCUUCCUAUCAGCCAGCAGGGAUGUUUUGCCCAGAACACUGCUCUUGCCAUCUCUGACUCCAAGUCCUGGAGACAAGGACAUAGAUCCUCUGCACGUUGACCGAGUCCAUCUUGGCACCUCAGGGAGGGUGAUGUCUGUGGUGAACAAGCUCUACCUGGACAUACAUGGAAGCUGGGAGACAAGGCUGACCCCGCAAGAGACAGCACCAGAGACUUUACAGAAGUCCAGUCUAGUCCCCAGGAAGCCCACCCCGCACCGGGUUUCCUGGGUGGAAGGCCCACUUGGCCAGGAAGUCCACCGUCCUAGGCCUUCUCUGGCUAGUUUGGAGGAGAAGGAGAAAGAGGACAAGGGCGACUACAAAGAUGAGGAAGAAGAUCCGGAGGAUAUGCUCACUGCUCACGUCCGGGCUCUGGCCAGGGCCCGGUGUAGCUAUGUAGCCAAGCAGUACCGGGGCAUUCGGGCACGCCUCACUUCAAAUUCUGGAGGUCCCCACAGACCUGGGGACCCUGCUACGGAGCUGCUUCAGGAUGUGCGCCACCUCCUUACUGAUCUCCAGGAUUACUUGGCAAAGGAUCCAGAUGUCAGAGCCGUCUUUGGAAGCAGGACCCCUGGGAUGCCCUAUAAGGAGGAGGACCUUGGCUCUGCAGUGGAAGCCGCCGUGUGCCAGGCGGUGCUGGCGCCCCUGAAGCCAGCCCUGUGGAGGAGACUGCGAACUCUCCGCGCCCCGGAACUGAGGCUGCUGCGGCGGAGACAAAUGGCCCUGAGGGCAGGGGCGCGGCCCCCGAGCUCGCCGGGCCCGCAGAGCCCCGACCCCGCGCUCCGCAGCCGCGUCCACUCGCGCCUCGCCCACUUGCACGCGGCGUGCUCGCCUCGCCGCAAGGUGGCGCUCCUGCUGGCGGCGAGUAGCGACGUGUACUCCGGCUUGGCCCGCGGCGAGAAGCGAGAGCCCCUAGGGGCCGACGCAUUCCUGCCCGCGCUGACCGAAGAGCUGAUCUGGAGUCCGCACAUCGGGGAGACGCUGCUGGAUGUGGAGUUUCUAAUGGAACUCUUGGAUCCGGAAGAGCUGCAGGGAGAAGCUGGGUAUUAUCUGACCACGUGGUUUGGGGCACUGUACCACAUUGCCCACUACCAGCCAGAUGCCUCCCGUGCGCCCCAGGGGCUCAGCUCUGAGGCAAGUGCCUCCCUGCGACAGUGGCACCGCAGGCGGACACUGCACCAGCAGGAGCAGCCCAGAGACCAGGCUGACCUGCCCUUUUAGGAGCCAUGGGCAGUAGGAACUCUGUAGGGGACCAGUGAUGAUUAGAGCUUUCAAACUCCAAUUGCAGGUGGAAAGUUCUCAAAACCCUCUGCUUAAGCAAGACUUAGGAGGCACCUGGGACACUAAGGAGGGAGGUUGCAGAGCUCACCUCCAGACCUUUGUAACAACUGUUCUUGGCACGCUCUUCCCUAACAUGCAGUAUUCCUGCCCUCUGCUCCUUCAGGUCCCCCACAGACGUCACAUCAGUGACGGGUCUCCCAGCACACCUGACUCUCUGUAGAGCAAACUCCCCUUCAAAAGAUGUCUGCAGGGCUGGAGAGAUGGCUCAGCAGUUAAGGCACUUGCCUAUUGAGUAGGGUUCAAUUCCUCAUUACCCCUGU